ACUGAAAUGCACUGCUGAGGGGAGCAGCAGGGAGACAGGAGAGGUCUGCUGCGCCAUGUGGGUUGCUCCCUGGCUGGCCGGGUAUCGAACUCGUGCUGCAGAGGCUGUGGACUGCUUCAUAGUGAGGUGCUUAAACCCUUGCGCCACCAGGGAGGCCCUGACAAUGGACAUUCCUCAUCCUUGUCUCUGCUGUAGCGUAGGUGCUAGAACCCAGCCUCAACCCACAGCCUCACCCCCACACCCAAAGUAAUUCUACUCCUGACACACAGCCCCCUGAAUAGAAGGGGCAGGGGGGAGGCCCACCUACUCCAUUGCAUGCUCUCUCACCCAGAAGCCCCUACCCACUCUGAGGUAAGCAUGCCAGAAAAAGAACUGACGGUUACGCAGAAGUCACUUCCCCAAGGCCAGGGGGCUGGUCAGUUGCUGAAGGGAGACCCCACCCAAGCCUGCCUCCCAAGCCCACAAAGUCACUGCUGCCCCCCAGGACCAUGCUUCCCUCGCAGUCACUGCAUUGAAAAGCUGUUACUCAAGAACACUGAGGUCCCACUUCAUACCUUUAUAGUCUUAACCACAUAAUAGCAUGUUCUUUGCAUGGAGUUUAUUUCUUUGUGGGACUCACAAACACCAUGGAAAUUAACUAAUUAUUUCUCACAAUAUUUAUUCUCCCACUUAGAGAAGGGGCAAGGCUGUGCUGUUAUUUCCACUUGACUGAUAAGGCUGGAAAUAGAGAGAGGUGCUUUGGCUCCUGUGGGUCAGCUGGUGGGUGCAGAGAAAGUACUGGCCCCGCCUCUGGGCUGGGCUGUCAGGCAGAGCUGUCCAAUGCCGCCUGCAGGCCCCUCUUUAAUCUCCCCCAGCUUGCAAGUCAGCACGAGAGAGAACAUGUUCGCAAUGUUCCUGGUGCCUGUGACAUACCGUUUACCCCGUGGUUAUCCAGGGGGAAAACCCUCUGGGGCGCGCCAGUACAAGCACAGAGAGCUGAAUCAAAGCUCGGUUUUGAAGCCCUAGCCUGCCUGCCACUAGCCAAGGCCGAUAGGUGAGUUUCCCUAGGCUGGGUGAUGAGUGGAAAGGUGUGAUCUAUACAGAUAUAGUAGGUAACUUAGAGAGCUUUAAAAAAAAAAAUCUGUGUUUACUCCCUCUCACUCUGUCCCACUUUUGUCAUGAAGAGUUAGUUCCAAAUCUCCAGUUACUAUAAAUCCUCCUAAUACCUUGAGAACUGUUUUUUCCUUUCAAUAAUGUCACACUAGUUAACGAAAAUACACCUUUUACUUUCACCCAGCCAGUCGACCUCUGUCACACUGGCCUUUCUACAAAAAUUUCACGUCAAUUUCCUUGAAAUGUGUUCCUAAAACCUCAGGGUCAGUUUCUCCCGAGGGCAUUUUACUUUCACCAAGUGUAGAACUCCCAGUAGCAACAACCCUGCACACAGAUCUCCAGCACACAACUGAGCAUUUCUGCUGAACACGGAGCCCCGGGGACCUACACCCUGGCCUCCAGGAUAGGCCACACCAACCUGGGCGUGUGCGCCGGCGGGUUGUGUACUAUCAUGAAACCAUUUGUUGCAGGUUUGCGUUGUGCGUUCUCUUUGCAUCUGGCUCACAGACACCCCACAGGGUAGAUCCCGUCCCAUCUCCAUCUGACUUGUAAGAAGCUGCCCGGCGGUGCAGGUCACGUUUCCCAUCAGGUCAGAAGAUGGAGUGUUACUGUCCUUCUCGAUGCCAAAUAUGUGGCCGAAGAGAUAAGGAAAAGGGGAAGGAGAAGCUGGAGGAGGACGAGACAGCGGCAGCCAGCACCAUGGCCGUCUCCGCCUCCCUCAUGCCGCCCAUCUGGGAUAAGACCAUCCCGUACGACGGCGAGUCUUUCCACCUGGAAUACAUGGACCUGGACGAGUUCCUGCUGGAGAACGGCAUCCCUGCCAGCCCCACUCACCUGGCCCAGAAUCUGCUGCUCCCUGUGGCUGAGCUGGAAGGCAAGGAGUCGGCCAGUUCCUCUGCAGCCUCCCCGCCGUCCGCCUCCGCCACUGUCUUCCAGCCCUCAGAGGCCGUGUCCAGCACAGAAUCCCCCCUGGAAAAGGAGAGGGAGACUCCCAGUCCCAUUGACCCCAGCUGCGUGGAGGUGGAUGUGAACUUCAACCCCGACCCUGCGGACCUGGUCCUCUCCAGCGUGCCUGGCGGGGAGCUCUUCAACCCUCGGAAGCACAAGUUUGCAGAGGAGGACCUGAAACCCCAGCCCAUGAUCAAAAAGGCCAAGAAGGUCUUUGUUCCUGACGAGCAGAAGGAUGAAAAGUACUGGACACGCCGCAAGAAGAACAACGUGGCAGCCAAGCGGUCCCGGGACGCCCGGCGCUUGAAGGAGAACCAGAUCACCAUCAGGGCGGCCUUCCUGGAGAAGGAGAACACGGCCCUGCGGACGGAAGUGGCGGAGCUGCGCAAGGAGGUGGGCAAGUGCAAGACCAUCGUGUCCAAGUAUGAGACCAAGUACGGGCCCUUGUAACCUGUGCCCCUGCCCGGGCAGCACUGCCUGCUCCUCAGACCGCUGCUGGGGGGGCUCCCUGGAACCCCACACACGCGUGGAGACUUAUGACUCGUCGCAGGCGAGGGCGGUGCCCUGCUCCAGGAGCGUUCGCGUUCAAGCUUCAUUAUCAUGUGGCGAUUUUCCGGGGGGCCAGCCUCCUCGCUGGCAGGGACGCGAGAAGCUACACAGACAGCGAUUCAGCCGUGGUUUCUGUUCCUGGAUGUCCCGGGUGGAUUGGAAGGGACCUUUGGAGCGUACGUCUCUCCUCCACAGGCGCUCAGGCUCCCCUGCCUCUCCCUCAUCUCCAGCCUGACCAUCAAGGCCUGUCUGCAAAAUGAGUCGUGCUCACGGCCACCCCGGUCUCAUCCGGCAGCGGGGUGCGUUUCCAGCUUGAGUGUGUCUGUUGUACACGUCACCCUCCCCGGCAAGGCUGUGAGAGACGCGUCUGCUCUCGCCUCCCUCAGAGACGCCGCCACUCCUCCAUGUCCACCUGGGUGCCUCGCCACGGGAGGGCUUCUCCGUGCAGCCUGGGAUAGGGUUUGGGCCUGGGGCCUGCAGUGGAAGCGCGCUCAGCUGUCCUUCACUCCCGCACCCCUACCCCUUGCAGCUCUGAGGCCUGAGCCGGGAGGCGGCUGUGGCGGUCGCCCUGUGUUUCAUCCGCUGCAGGGGACGGAGUCCAGGCUGCGCCCCCGAGCCUGGAGCCCCAGCGCGGAGGGCGGGCUCUUCGUCCACUUUGGCAGGUCACUGGUGGAGGCCACCUGCUUCUCCUGUGUCCUCUAGACGGGGCUGCUAGGCCUGCUGUUUCUUCUCACCCAGUAACCUAUCUCAGAUCUUGGAUUUAAGAGGAAACCCCCCUCACCCAGGCAACUUUAACUUCUGGACCCAGGAUGCACCUUCCACACGACAUUUGGAAAAUUGGCCUCCGCAACCCCUCACCGUGUGGCCCGGGGGGCCGAGCAUGUUUCUUGAGAAGCUUUUUUUUUUGGCUCUGCUCUGCGAUGUGGGCCAGGCUGGAGUUCGCCAUCCUUGAAGGCAGAAGAGGGCUUCCCAGUUCUCGCCUCAGGCUCCUCCAGGCAGGCUGCCCGAGGGCGUCGGCCAGGUAGGACGCUGUCAGGCUCGCAGGGUCACAGCUCGACUCUGGUGGAAUAGCAGCUCUUGGGACAUUUACAGGGCUAGUGUCCCCCAACCCCGGUCCCGGGAGCUGGGGGCCGUCUACACAGCCUGGUGCGGGGGCUCCUGCAGCUGUGCUUCACUACCUCGCAGCUGCUCCUCUCCUGUGUCUGGCCAGACUCCAUGUCUCGCGCUGCCUGGAAGAGGAACCGAGGACGCCACGGACCCCCCGCCGCGGGGGCGUCUGGGGAUGGGUGCGUUCUCCUUUGCUCAGGGCAGGCAGCCUGCGGUGAAGAGGUGGCCGGGCCUGUUGUCACGCCCCUGGCUUUUUUAAAGUGGUGGCUCCAGGUCCUGCAUCCCGAUUCCUGAAGACUUUUUAUAACAGCUGUUAAAGCUCGGGGGCACCCUCGUGACUGGACCACGCCCCGGGGAGGAGCCCUGCAGGACCUGUGCGCCCGCCUCCCCGGGGACUUGGCAGGAGCCCCGAGGCCCACGGAGAGCCCUUCUCCGGGCCCCUGACCUUCCCUCUGCGGUUCUGUAGAAACCACGCACACACUUUCCACUCUCUUGUAACCACACCAGGGCAGUCGCAUCCAGCAUGUCAGCGUCCUGCCCCGGGCAGCCCGCCCGCCCGGGCGCGCUCCCUCUGGCCUGGCUGCCCACCAAGACGGCAGUUCUCAUUUUGUUCUUCGUAGAAGAGCCUCCAGCUUAAGAGCUCUUCGUUUUCUUUGGCCAGAAAGUGUAUGGUUUGUGUUUUUUCAGUUUUACUUUUUAAAGGGUAGACAUUUAAUCCCUGGGCGUCGUCCAUGUUCUGACCCCAGGGGUGGGGCGUGGGCCCCUCUAUCCCUCCUCCUGCCUGUGCAGCACCCCUCCCCCGCAGACAGUGGGUGUCUGGCUCCUUCCCAGAGUGCUUAGCUUACUCGGAGGAGUGUGGCCACGGGCCCCUUUUGGAAGCUUCCCUUGAGUCAGGCGCCUGCGCCCUGGGGGCUGACCUUUGGGGAGGGGGUGCCUAGGUGCGGGUGUCUCCUUCCUUGUGGGAAGGAGGGGGCUGGUGUCUGCUUGUUUCUGUCAUGGGAUCGGGAGUCUCCCUGACUCCCUCCUGGACUCUGUGUCUUGGGCCCAACAUCCGAAGACCGAGGCUCUUGUGCUGGCAUCUUUGACUUUAGAAGCACUGGGGGCUCGAGCGUGUCGGGCUUCGUGCGGGUUCGCCGCGGCUGGGAAGCGCACCCCUUCUUUAGCAGCCUCCGUACAGCCUCAGAAGAGACAAAUCAUGAAUGAACUCGAAUGUUGCAAGAAUAUAUGUAUGAUAAAUGUCUAUCUAGAAGUAUAUAUAUAUAUAUAUUUUGUUUGUUUCGGAGAGCGCGCGCGCGCUUUGACGACGGCCAGCAGCCUCGUGGAGGACCCGGGUGACUCCCUCGGCCAGCGAGUGAGGUUUUCCUGUCUGGGUCCUGAGGUUGGGGACGGCUCUUGGUAGGGAACCUUCUCUCUGCUCAGGGGGCCUCUCCACGCUCCUCCAGCCUGGCCAGGGGCAGUGCGGGGGCCCGCAGGCGCUGACCGCCAUGUGCCGGGUGGCCCUCCGCAGGCCCCGGGAGCUCUGCUCUGUAGCGCGGGGGGCUGAGAGCCCCUGGUUUUCACAGUAAAGCCCCACCCAGAGCUCCUUUGACAUCUGUUAAUUAAGUGCAAUAAAUUUUUCUAGAAAAUGGCAAAGAUGACUUCCAGGUGGGUAUUGCUGUCUUACAGUGUUGGGGAUGCCAGAACACCACUUGGUUUUAUUUUUCUAGGUGCAUGAGACGUGACUGAGCGUGUGGGGCUCUGUGUCCUCCCUGGGAGCUGGCUUUCCAGUGGGCCCCCCUCUCCUUUACUUUUGUCUGGGGACGGGGGCAGGAAGAGAACCCUUUCUUCCCAGCUGGAGAGGGCAGAAGCAGACCAUAGCCCAUUGGCCUUACGUGCGUGUGUCUGUGUGUGUGUCUGUGUGCGUCUGUGCGCGUGCGCGCCCGCAUGAGUGUGUCACUGCUGGUGGGCCGGAGUGAUGUGGUGGGGAGGGAAGCUGGGAAUGUAUCCUUUUCAAAACAAAAUUAAAUAUUUUGAGACGAGAAUUGUGGGGUCUGUCUUUACUUUCCCAUCAUUCCUCUCCCUGCAUGUUGGCCUGAAGCCUGAGGGGCACCCCAGCACCCCUUUAUCACCAGCCAGAGGCCUUUGGCCAAGUCACCUAACCAUCCGUGUCUCGCUGUCCUGCUGCCGGGUGGGAGGAAGCCCCACCUGCUGCGUCACGCACUUGCCCCAUGGGGAGCGGGGCCG